AUGAAUGCCAGUAUGAACAAAUUACGAAAAUAUACAUCAAAUGAUGACUCUACGUUCAGACUAAAUAAAUUUAAUGCACUGUUAAGUCCUUAUGCCGAUAAAUCGCUUCUAACCCCGAAAGAAGCUAACACAUUGACAUUUCGAAUUACUGAAAGGUUAAUGGAGGGUAACUGUGACAGAGACACACUAAAACUACUCUCAAGGUAUUUUUCUAGGAAGGCAUACGACGACUUGGUGAUAGAACGUGUGACAAACCACUAUUGUGGAUAUCCUUUAUGCAAAUAUCAUAACUCGUCGCAAAUCAAGCCAAAGCAAGUCAAUCAGCUUUUGAUCAAGCUUAAGAUGCCACACUAUUACACAUCACGCUUUUGUUGCAAGCGACAUUAUCAAGCAUCUGAGUUUUACCGUCAUCAACUAAGUUCCGAGGCAUUGUUCAUGAGAACUGAAAUGAACAAGCCUAAAUUUGCGACAGAAACGCCAGAAAGCUCGGUUGUCCUACUAGAAGAAUAUUUCGAAGUGAAGGAGAAGACGGAGAAUGGUGAAGAGACACCGGCUGUACGUGAACUCAUGAAGCUAAUGGACAAAAUGAGAAUAGAUGAUGAAAUACUUACAAACGAACAAAAAGAAGAAUAUGAACUCAAAAACAGCGGAGUAAAUGGUGGUAUUUCCAAGAAUGAUGAUGCUGCAAAAAACAUUCAAAUCUUUGAAAAGGAAGGUCCUCAGGAAUCGGAUACUACAUACAAGCAUGAUAAUGAAAAUCAUCUCGAUAAGUUGAGAUCGUUAAACUAA